AGUCCAACAUGAGUGAGUUACCUGCGCGGUAGCUGCAGCCUGGGCUCUAACCACAUAACAUAGCCAUCGGCUUCCCGCGGAGAUGAACAAGAUCGUGUAGAGAGGAAAGAUAAUUUCUCCCUUGAGUCACAACAAGACAAUCAGAAAAAGCAUAAAAGCUACAUGGCCCCAAUCGAAACUGAAAAUGCUUUUAAUGUCUGAGCAAUUUUGAAAGGAUUGAUUUAUGAGGACAAGAUGACUGUCUGGCUGAGCUCUCUGACAAAAAUUGAAAUACUGCUUUUGAUAGUGCCUUGCCUGAGUUUCCACAUUGAACCCAAAGAAGGUAGCCUUGCGGGGGGAACGUGGAUCACAGUCGUUUUUGAUGCUUUGGAGGCAGAGCUCCUUUAUCCCACCAAUGGCUCUCCGCUGGAGAUGUGCCUGGUGAAUGUGGCCGAGCCUACGCUGCCGAGCGUCCCCUGUGACAUCUCUCCUGGCCCCCUGGAUUUGCUGGUGGUGAUGUGCAGGACCAGAUCUCUGCAGACUGAAGCACACGAGGGUCUCUACUACCUGGAAGUGCUCUCAGGGGGACAGGUGGUAGGCAGUCCGCCUCCCGGCCCGCGGGACAGCUGUACUUUCAAGUUUUCCAGGGCACAGACACCCAUUAUUUACCAAGUCAACCCACCAAGUGGAGUUCCAGGAAAACUAGUACAUGUGUAUGGCUGGAUCAUCACUGGAGUAUCAGACACCUUUGAUUUUGACGUUGAAUACAUUGAUAGCCCAUUGAUCUUGGAAGCUCCAGGAGACGCGUGGGUCACAGCCUGCUCUGUUGUGAACAGGCAGACAGGAAGCCACUAUCCCAUACAGGAAGACCAUGGUCUGGGGACUGUCCAGUGCCGCGUGGAAGGCAAUCACAUCGGUUCCCAGAAUGUUAGUUUCUCAGUAUUUAACAAAGGAAAGUCAAUGGUACACAAGAAUGCAUGGCUGAUCAGUGCUAAACAGGACCUGUUUCUGUACCAGACGUACUCAGAAAUAUUAUCUGUAUUUCCAGAAGCCGGGAGCCUUGGGGGAGGAACAGACAUCACAAUUACAGGAGACUUCUUUGACAAUCCUGCCAAGGUGAACAUUGCAGGCAUUCCAUGUGAUAUUAGACACGUGUCUCCCAGGAAGAUCGAGUGCACCACUAGGCCCCCAGGAAAGGGUGCGAGGCUCACUGCUCCUCAGGCAGGUAACCGAGGGCUUCUUUUUGAAGUUGGAGAUGCUGCUGAGGGCUUGGACCUGACUGAGGCCACCCCUGGCUAUAGGUGGCAGAUUGUCCCUAAUGCCAGUUCUCCAUCUGGAUUUUGGUCAGUGGAAGGGCAACCUUUCAGUGCACGGCUCAGUGGCUUCUUUGUGGCCCCAGAGACAAACAAUUACACUUUCUGGAUCCAGGCUGACAGCCAAGCUACCCUUUAUUUCAGUCAGUCAGAGGACCCAAGGGCCAAGGUGAAGGUGGCCUCCCUCAGGGUGGGCACUGCUGACUGGUUCGACUCCUGGGAGCAGAAUGGGAAUGAGGGGACCUGGCAACAGAAGACGCCCAAGUUGGAGCUGGCUGGUGGAGCCAGGUACUACCUGCAAGCAGAGCACCGAGGGAGAGCCCCCAGCAGGGGGAUGAGAAUCGGUGUCCAGAUCCACAGCACCUGGCUGAAUCCUGACGUGGUCAGCACCUACCUCCGGGAGAAGCAUCAGAUCCGAACCCGUGCCCAGAGACUUCCAGAAAUCCAGUUGCUGACUGUGUCUGGCAGAGGAAACUUCUUCCUUACGUGGGACAACGUCUCUAGCCAGCCAAUUCCUGCCAAUGCCACAGCCCGUCAGAUUCAAACAGCCAUUGAGGAGUUACUUGCAGUCAAAUGCAGACUGGAACCCCUUUCAGCCAACAUCCUGCUCCGGCUUGGGUUUGAACAAGGCCCAGAAGGUUCCGGCUCUGAGGGGGAGCUCACCAGUGGGACAGAGCCCUUCUGUGGGAGGUUCAGCCUCCGUCAGCCUCGACAGCUUGUCCUGACACCCCCGGCUGCCCAGAAGGGCUUUUGGCUAGACCAGAACACCCACUUGUGCAUUGCAUUCAAAGGCCACAUGAAUAGUAUCUUGAGGGUGACUGUGACCUUCACAAUCAACUUUCAAGACAUCUUUAAGAAGAACAUCACCUGUGACUGGAGUCUCGUGGGGACCAGUCCUGACAGUUGGCAGUUCACUUGCAUUGCCCUCUGGAAGACUUGUGUGCACCGCUCUGCUUAUCGCCAGCAGCCUCUGGGAAACUCCCCCAUCCUAGUUCACCGGAUCGACCUCCUCCCUCAGUCUCCUGAGACGGGCGUGUUCUAUGUGGAUGAAAUUAUUAUUGCUGACACAAAUAUAACAGUUUCUCAAGCCGAUUCUGGAACAGCUCGCCCGGGAGGGAAUCUGGUGGAAUGGCUGUCUGUGGUGGGAUCCCCUCCGGCCUACAAUGUGACCUCCUGGUUGGCGGGGUGUGGCCUGGCACUCCCACUCAUCGCUGCAAGCUCUAUGUCCACUGAAGGAGCAGAAGAAGGAUCCGGGGUGGUCCAGGUGACAACACAGAGAAUACAGAGGACAAGUCCACCCUUAGGAGGACACUUUCGCAUCCAACUCUCUAAUACGGUGAUUCUGGAUGUCCCUGUGAGUAUUUCAGCCCAUCACCUUCGUGAGCUCUUACAGAACAAUGCUGAUGACUUCACAUCCAGGUACCUCAAUGUCAGUGACUUCACUGUGCUGGACGAUCUACAGUCUUGCUACAAACAUGUGUGGACACUUGCCUGGUCCACCCAGGUUGGAGAUUUGCCCAAUUUCAUCAGGGUCUCUGAUGUAAAUCUAACAGGAGUGAACCCUUCGGCGAGCACCCAUGUGGUGUAUGACGGUGGAGUUUUUCUUGGACCCAUAUUUGGAGACAUGUUGAGUACUGCGAACCAGCACACUCAGGUGGUUGUGCAAGUCAACGACAUACCAGCUCAUUGCUCAGGGUCCUGUUCUUUUCAAUACCUUGAAGGGUCAACUCCCCAGGUCCAUUCUGUGUGGUAUUCCCUUGAUGGUGACGUCAAUCUGCUGGUUUAUAUUAUUGGAACUGGUUUCUCUGGUGACACCCAGGCCUUGGAGAUUGCAGUGAACAAAACGAGCUGCAAAGUUAUUUUUUCAAAUCAAACAAAAGUGGUCUGCCAGACAGACCCGCUACCCGUUGGAGUGCAUCAGAUCUCAAUGUUGGUGAGACCCUCUGGCCGUGCCAUCGAUGCUGGUGGACAAGGCCUCUUCCUAGACGUGGAACCCAGAGUGGAUACUGUGGAGCCUUCCAGAGCUGCAGAGAUUGGAGGGUUCUGGGCCACCAUUCGAGGCUCUAGCUUGGAAGAUGUUAGCCUUGUGUUAUUUGGAUCUCAGUCCUGUGCCAUCAGUGUCACCACAAGCAAUUCACAAAGAAUUCAAUGCAAAGUUCCACCCAGGGGCAAAGAUGGACCCAUUGUGAAUGUGACUGUGAUUGGAGGGGACCAUUCUGCAGUUCUUCCAAUGGCAUUUACAUAUGUUUCCUCUUUAAAUCCAGUGAUUGUGUCUUUGAGCAGAAACAGAAGCAACAUAGCAGGAGGUGAGACCCUUUUCAUCGGCAUGGCGCUGCUGGCGAACGACACAGGUUUGGGUGUGGAAGUCCACAUCCAGGAUACCUGGGCUCCAGUUGGUGUGCAAAUGGCUCGGGGCUUGGAGGUGGUGCUGCCCUCUCUGCCUGCCGGUCUCUAUAGAAUCUCAGUCUCCAUCAAUGGGAUCAACAUUCACUCACAAGGGGUUGAUCUUCACAUCCAGUACAUCACAGAAGUUUUCAGCAUUGAGCCUUGCUGUGGGUCCCUUCUGGGUGGAACCAUCCUCAGCAUCUCGGGAACGGGGUUCAGCAGGGACCCGGCUCUGGCGUGGGUGCUUGUGGGCGAUCGGUCCUGUGACAUCGUGAACUCAACAGACACCGACAUCUGGUGUGAGACCCCGCCUGCCUCGCCUCGGCCUGAUGGAGACGGGCUGGCUGUCCCGGCCCCCGUGGAGGUCUGGGCUGGCAACGUGGCCUCCACCCGAGGACCUCCCCCACGCCUGGUGGGGAAAGGCUUUACCUUCACGUAUGAGGCCACGGCCACACCGGUGGUCACUGCCGUGCAGGGAGAAAUCACAGAUAGCAGCCUGGUGCUUUACGUGCAAGGAAGUAACCUCUCCGACUCGGUGAUCCUUCUGGGGGGCCUGAGCUGCCAUCUCGGGAUUUUCAGGAGCAACACGAGCCUGUCUGGGUGCGCUUUGCCUCUUCGCAGUCUGGAGGCGGGCAUCUAUCCCUUCCAAGUACGUCAGAAGCAGACGGGGCUUGCUAACAUGUCUGCGGUGCCCCCGCAGUUUGUGGUGAUGCCUCAGAUAACGACCAUCUUCCCGACGCAUGGGUCAGCCUGUGGUGGGCUGGCGCUCACGGUGAGGGGGUUGGCCCUCAGCUCUAGCAGGAGGUCGGUCCAGGUGGGCUUUUCAGGUCCUUUUACCUGUGCGAUUUUGAGUUUGGGGGGCCAGAGAGUCAUCUGCCAGAUGGACAUGGUGGGAGACCCCUUGCCUGAUGCUUCCUUCACCCUGAACAUCACAGUCCUGGUCAAUGGGCUACCCGGCAAGUGCCGGGGAAACUGCACUCUUUUCUUGCGGGAAGAGACAACGCCUAUUGUGGACGCCUUGACCGUUAGCAUCAGGGGGUCCCUGACCACGGUGCUGGUGAGGGGUCAGAGGUUAGGCACCACAGCCGAUGAGCCCAGGGUGUUUGUGGACGAUCAUCUUCUCUGCACUGUAACUUCCUUUAAUGCCAGCCUCGUGGCGUGCUGGGUCAGGGAUUUGACCCCAGGACCCCACUACCUAUCAGCUUUACGUACAAGAAAUGGGGAUGCUUGUUUUGGUAAUGUUUCUAGGCACUUCAACAUCAUGCCUCAAGUGUUUCAUUACUCUCCCAAGAAUUUCAGCAUUCAUGGCGGAAGCCUCUUGAGCAUGGAGGGCUCAGCCCUGCGAGGACGGAACAGCACGGUCGUGUACAUUGGCCAGCAGGCCUGCCUGGCGGUGAACAUCAGCGCUGAGCUCGUCCGCUGCAUCGUUCCCGCGGGGAAUGGCUCUGCUGUCCUGGACAUCAGGGUGGAUGGACAUUCAUACCACGUGGGAGUCAUUGUUUACAGCAGUGCCUUCACCCCAGAACUGCUUUCUAUUUCUGGGACGGAUGAUGUCUUAACCUUUGCAGUGGCCCAGAUCUCAGGAGCGGAGAAUGUUGACAUUUUUAUUGGGCUGUCACCCUGUGUGGGUGUCUCUGGCAACCGCACGGUCCUGCAGUGCGUGGUGCCCGCCCUUCCUGCCGGGGAGUACCACGUCAGGGGUUACGACCGCGUGAGAGGGGGGGCCUCCUCUGACCUGGUGUUCACAUCCAGAGUGACUAUUACAGCCGUCACCGAGAACUUUGGCUGCCUGGGUGGAAGGCUCGUGCAUGUGUUUGGAGCAGGGUUUUCUCCAGGGAACAUCUCAGCUGCCGUGUGUGGUGCGCCCUGCCAAGUCUUGGCUAAUGCUACAGUGUCUGCCUUCAGCUGCCUGGUUCUGCCCCUGGAUGUGUCCUUGGCUUUCCUGUGUGGCCUGAAGCAUGAGGAGGAGAGCUGUGAGGCCUUCAGCUGCACCUACGUGCAGUGUGAUUUGACUGUUGCUGUGGGGACAGAGAGACCGCCUGAUCCAUGGCCUUACCUCUAUAUUUGCGAAGAAUGUUCCCGAUGCAUCUUUGCACCAAAUCACUGUACAAAGUCAGUCUUGCCAUCAUUCUCAGGCCUCUUCAUCAGCCCUAAAGUGGAAAGAGAUGAAGUUCUCAUCUAUAAUAGCUCUUGUAACAUUACCAUGGAAACUGAGGCAAAGAUGGAGUGUGAGACGCCUAAUCAGCCAAUUACCGCCAAGAUUACUGAGAUACGGAAGAGCCGGGGCCAGAACACUCAGGGCAGCUUGCCUUUCCGGUUCUGCGGGAGGUGGUCGAGGGCUCACAGCUGGUUCCCUGGAAGAGUGCCACAAGAUGGCGACAACGUCACGGUGGAGCGUGGCCAGUGGCUGCUGCUGGACACCAACACGAGCAUUCUCAACUGGCUGCACGUUAAAGGAGGCAAGCUGAUUUUCAUGGAUCUGGGGCCCAUUGAACUCAGGGUGCACUCCAUCCUUGUUUCUGAUGGUGGAGAACUCCGAAUUGGAUCCGAGGACAAGCCCUUCCAAGGCAGAGCAGAGAUCAAGCUUUAUGGGAGUUCCCACUCCACCCCCUUCUUUCCAUAUGGUGUCAAGUUCCUGGCGGUGAGGAAUGGAACUCUCUCCCUGCAUGGUUUGCUACCAGAAGUAAUGGUCACCCAUCUUCGAGCAACUGCCUAUGCCCAAGACAGAGUGUUGGCUCUGGAAGAUGCCGUGGACUGGCAACCCGGGGAUGAAGUUGUUAUCAUCAGUGGAACAGGUGUCGAAGGUGCCAAACCUGUGGAAGAGAUUGUCAUUGUGGAAACUGUGCACAAUACAGACCUCCAUCUGCAGUCGCCCUUGAGAUAUUCUUACAACUUCACAGAGAAUUGGGUGGCCAGAGAGCACCAUAUUUUGAAGGUCACAGUGGCCCUGCUCAGCAGGAGUAUUACCAUUCGAGGAAAUCUCACUAAUGAGAGAAUGAACUUCCUAGCUUUAUGCCAGGAGGCCAGUUCUUCAAAAGGUCAUUUGCAGAACUGUUUGUAUUCCAAGAGUGAGAAAGUGCUGGGAUCCAGGGAUCUGGGGGCCACAGUCAUUGUUCAGUCCUUCCCAGAGGGGCCCAGCCAGGUCCAGUUGAAGGGAGUGCAGUUCCGGGACGUGGGACAAGCCUUCCAUAGGCAUCUGAACGCGCUGACUCUGGUGGGAGCUAUGAGAGAUUCCUAUGUACAGGGCUGUACAGUGUGGAACUCCUUCAGUAGAGGCCUCGGCCUGUCCAGGACUGUGGGCCUGAAGGUGGACAGUAAUGUGUUCUACAAUAUUUUAGGCCAUGCACUGCUGGUGGACUGGUCAGUACAGGGAAAUAUAAUCAGAAAUAAUGUGAUCAUCAGUCUUUCUGGUGCCGAAGGCCUCUCCAGUCCUGAGAUGUUGACACCAUCUGGUCUCUAUAUCCGUAACCCCACCAACGUUAUAGAGGCAAACAGGGUGUGUGCUGCCGGUUUGGGGUACUUCUUUCAUCUUGUGACCAGCCAAACAUCACGAGCUCCACUUCUCUCCUUCACUCGGAAUAUUGCUCACUCUUGUUCCAGGUGUGGUCUCUUUGUAUACCCUAAGUUCCAGCCGCCUUGGGAUAGUAACACUGGCCCUACCCUGUUCCAAGACUUCACGGUUUGGGGAGGUGCAGGUGGUGCCCAGAUUUUUAGAAGUAGCAAUCUUUACCUGAAAAACUUCCAAGUUUAUUCAUGCAGAGACUUUGGAAUUGAUGUCUUGGAAAGUGAUGCAAAUACUUCAGUGACUGACAGCUUAUUACUUGGUCAUUUUGCCCACAAGGAAAGCCCAUGCAUGUCAGCUGGGAUCAAAACUCCCAAAAGAUGGGAACUGAUAGUAUCUAACAUAACCUUUGUUAAUUUUGAUCUCACUGACUGUGUGGCCAUCAGGACCUGUUCGGGCUGUUCUCGAGGACAGGGUGGAUUUACUGUGAAGACCAGCCACUUGAAGUUCACAAACUCUUCAAACCUAGUUGCAUUUCCAUUUCCUCAUGCAGCAAUUUUGGAAGACUUGGAUGGGUCUCUGUCUGGGAAAAGCGGAAGUCACAUUCUUCCUUCUAUGGAAACCCUUCCGGCUUCUUGUUUGGUCAAUAGAAGCUUCAGUCAGGUUGCUCCUGGCAGUGUCUGCGGGGAAAAUGCUCUCUUUCAUCAUGUGUCUGUUGGUUUAGCUAAUGCUCCAGAUGUUUCUUAUGAUCUAACCAUAACUGACAGCAGAAAUAAGACAACCACUGUCAAUUAUGUGUGUGACACACUGUCUAACCCUUAUGGCUGGACGGCUCUGCUCUCGGAUCAGGAGACCUACGCACUGCGAUUUGAGACGCCGUGGAUCAACAGAUCUCUGCAGUACUCAGCAACACUGGGCAACUUUGCUCCUGGGAAUUACCUCCUGCUGGUGCACACAGUGGAGUGGACUUACCCUGACAUCCUCAUAAGGUGCGGGCGUCGAGUGGGGCAGUCCCUUCCAUCUCUGCCAUUGCCUGGUCAGGACCAAGGCUGUGACUGGUUCUUCAAUAGCCAGUUGAGGCAACUCACCUAUCUGGUUUCAGGUGAAGGCCAAGUUCAGGUAAUUCUUCAGGUGAAGGAAGGUGUGCCCCCAACUACUUCAGCUUCUACGUCUGCACCCGAAUCAGCUUUGAAAUGGUCCCUCCCUGAAGCAUGGGCAGGAGUUGAAGAGGGCUGGGGAGGACACAACUGUACCAUUCCAGGUCCUGGGGAUGAUGUUCUUAUUUUACCCAACAGGACUGUCCUUGUGGAUACAGAUCUGCCAUUCCUCAAAGGCCUCUAUGUGAUGGGGACUUUAGAAUUCCCUGUGGACAGAAGCAACAUUCUGAGUGUGGCGUGCAUGGUCAUCGCAGGUGGGGAGCUGAAAGCUGGUACUUUAGAAAAUCCCUUAGAAAAAGAACAAAAGCUUUUGAUUCUCCUUAGAGCCUCAGAAGGAGUCUUUUGUGAUCGUUUCAGUGGCAUUCAUAUUGAUCCAGGAACAAUUGGGGUUUAUGGGAAAGUCCAGCUUCACAGUACUUCCCCUAAGAAAUCCUGGACGCGUCUUGCAGCUGACAUCGCCUCAGGCAAUGAGAGAAUUAUAUUGGAGGACACCGUGGAUUGGCGACCCCAUGACAAAAUCGUCCUUAGCUCCUCUUCUUACGAGCCUCACGAAGUGGAAGUCCUCACUGUGAAAGAAGUCAAGGCGCACCAUGUCAUGAUCCAUGAACGGCUCAGGCACCGGCACAUUGGAAGCGUCCAUGUCAUGGAGGAUGGCCGAUACAUUCGUUUGGCUGCUGAGACUGGGCUUCUGACCCGAAAUAUACAAAUCCAGUCUGAUAAAUCAUGUAGUGGGAGGCUACUUGUGGGGUCCUACAGGAAGUCCAGCAGUGAAGAAUUUUCAGGUGUGCUUCAACUUUUCAAUGUGGAAAUUCAGAACUUUGGGUCACCACGGUAUUCCUCCAUCGAACUCACUAAUGCAUCGGCAGGGUCCUGGAUACUGUCUUCUACUGUGCACCAAAGCUGCGGUGGGGGCAUUCAUGCAGCUGCCAGUCACGGGAUCAUUUUAAAUGACAACAUCGUGUUUGACACAGUUGGGCAUGGCAUUGAUUUGGAGGGUCAGGACUAUUCUCUCUCUAAUAACCUUGUAAUUCUGAUGACACAGUCAGCAUGGUCCAAUUCUUGGGUGGCGGGAAUCAAAGUGAACCAGGCAAAGGACAUCAGCCUCUAUGGCAACGUUGUGGCAGGAUCGGAGAGACUUGGCUUCCACAUCCGAGGCCACCGGUGUUCCUCCCCUGCAGCUGUUUGGUAUGACAAUGUGGCCCACUCAAGCCUUCAUGGUCUCCAUCUCUACAGGGAAAGUGGACUUGAGAACUGUACCAGUAUCUCUGGCUUCUUGGCCUUCAAGAACUUUGACUACGGUGCCAUGCUACAUGUGGAGAGCAGUGUGGAGAUCGAGAACGUCACUCUAGUAGACAAUGCUGUUGGUCUGUUGGCUGUAGUGUCUGUGUCAUCUGCGCCACAGAAUUACAUUGAAAAUGUACAGAUUGUGCUUAGGAAUUCAGUCAUUGUGGCCACGAGCUCCACUUUUGACUGCAUUCAGGACAGAGUUAAACCUUGCUCUGCCAACUUAACUUCAAAAGAUCGAGCUCCUUCCAAUCCAAGAGGGGGUCGAGUUGGUAUUUUGUGGCCUAUUUUCACCACAGAACCAAAUCAGUGGCCUCAGGAGCCAUGGCACAAAGUGAGGAAUGGCCAUGUAAUUUCAGGAGUCAUGAAACUUCAAGAUGUUACCUUUUCUAGUUUUGUUAAGAGUUGCUAUAGCAAUGACCUAGAUGUCUGCAUCCUGCCCAGUGCAGAGAACAGUGGAAUCGUGUACCCAAUAACAGCAGAGAGGACCAGGAUGCUAAGGAUCAAGGAUAAAAACAAGUUCUACUUUCCUCCUUUACAAACCAGGAAAGAUUUAGAAAUACUUGUCUGCCCUGAAUCCAAUUGUGAAAGUCCAAGAAAAUACCUCUUUAAAGAUCUGGAUGGGAGAGCCCUGGGUCUGCCUUCACCAGUUUCUGUAUUUCCUAAAAUUGAGGCCGAAUGGACUGGAUCCUUCUACAACACAGGUACAUUUAGAGAAGAACAGAAAUGCACAUAUCGAUCCAUGAUACAAGGCUACAUCUGCAAACAGACUGACCAAGUGAUCUUAAUUCUUGAUGAUGCUGAUGCCACCUGGGCGAUGCGAAAGUCAUAUCCAGUUGUGUCUGUGACUAGAGGUUUUGUUGAUACCUUUAGCAGUGUCAAUACCAAUACUCCCUGCAUGGCUUCAGGGGCUGUGUCUACUUUCUAUUCCAUUUUACCCACUAGGGAAAUCACCAAGGUCUGCUUUGUGGAUCAGACUCCUCAAGUUUUGCGUUUUUUUCUCCUGGGAAACAAAAGUCCCUCCAAGCUUCUCUUGGCUAUAUUCUACCAUGAACUCCACAGCCCCCAUGUCUUCUUAGGGGAGAGUUUCAUUCCACCCACUGUGGUUCAAUCAACUUCCUCAUUGCUGGAUGAGUCUGCGGGUUUCAACUAUUUCAGCAUCAUGGAUAACCUUUUGUAUGUUGUUCUACAAGGAGAGGAGUCCAUUGAAAUACAUUCAGGUGUUUCCAUUCAUUUGGCCUUCACUGUCAUGUUGUCAGUCCUAGAAAAAGACUGGGAAUUCAUGAUGCUUGAAAGACUAACUGAUUUUUUGCAAGUUAGACAAGAUCAGAUUAGAUUUAUUCAUGAGAUGCCUGGCAAUGAAGCAACCUUAAAGGCCAUUGCUGACAGUAGAGCGAAGAGAAAGCUCAAUUGCCCAACUGUGACAUGUGCCCGUCAUUACAGAGUUGGUCAACGUAGACCUCUUAUGACAGAAAUGAGCUCAUAUGGGGUCCCACCACCAACCACUAUGGAAACUAUCUCAAAAGUGAUGGUCAUUGAAGUUGGUGAUCUGCCAACACUGAGGAGGACUGGACUGAUUCCAUCCUUAUCAAGCAACAAAUUACAGAAUUUAGCUCACCUAGUUAUCACUGCGCAACAGACUGGAAUGCUAGAGAAUGUUCUGAAUGUGACUAUUGGGGCCUUACUGGUGACUCAAUCAAAGGGAGACACUGGCUAUGGAAAUACAAGCAGUCUUGAAACUACGAACUUGAUAUAUACGCGGCCCUAUGUUCUUUCAGUCCUAGUCCAGCCUUCAGAUGGAGAAGUGGGAAAAGAACUUACAGUACAACCACAACUCAUUUUUCUGAAUAAGCAGAAUCGGCGAGUAGAGUCCUUGGGCACCCCUUCAGAGCCUUGGGUCAUUUCUGUUUCCCUAGAAGGGACAUCAGAUUCUGUGCUGAAAGGGUGUACUCAGGCAGAAACACAAGAUGGUUAUGUGAGCUUCUCCAACUUGGCAGUUUUGAUCUCUGGGUCAAAUUGGCACUUUAUUUUUACUGUUACUUCCCCUCCAGGGACAAAUUUUAUAGCUCGAUCCAGGCCAUUUGCCAUCUUACCUGUGACGAGAUCAGAGAGGUCAACCAUCAUCCUGGCUGCGUCCCUGUGCUCAGCGGUCUCGUGGCUGGCUCUGUGCUGUCUGGUGUGCUGCUGGUUUAAGAAAAACAAAAGCAGAAAAAUAAAAAGUGAAGAUAUUUCUGAAUCCCAGACUAAUGAUCAAAGGAAUAAUAUCCACAUCUCAUCCCCCCGCCCAGGGUCACAAAUAAAGACUGAAAAAGAAGACACCAUAAUGGGAGAAGAUAAGAGGGUGAAGGUGGUAAUGGGCAAGCCGAGUGUGGAUGGGGUGUCUCGAAGAAAGGUUUGCCACCGUGUUGUCCAAAAGAAGGGGGGCAGCCGCGAAGAGGCUGCUGUGCCCCCUCCCAGUAUUAACUGUGUCACAUCCCACGGGCACACCUGUGCUCCAGGCUCUCCCACUCAACAGGUACACCUGCAGCAGACUGGCAACUGGAAGGAGGCCCAAGAGCACUUGGUCAGAUACCAGCUGGCAGGCCAAGAUCGGCUGCUGCUGCUCUGCUCGGACCUCAGACAAGAGCGGCAGAAACUGCAGGGGCAGAGUCAGAGUCCGCUGGGCAAGGAGAGUGGCAGCUUGGGGCUUUCCCAUGAGAAGAAAGCCCCCUGUGAUGCUAACCCAGCAACCCGCCUUUAUUCAGUACAUCCUGCAACUAUUCAGGAACAGCUGUGAUCAAGGAGCCAUGUGGGCAUUUGGCCCAAAAGUCAGAGUGUUCAAACAUAUUUCUGGAUAAUGAGCAAGAGCAAUAAAAGCUGACAAGUGGGAACCCUAAGGAGAAUAUGGACUCUGAAUUCUCUUUAUCAACUCAAAAAUGGAAAACAGUCAUACGAAUGCUUACAGAUGGAAAAAAUGCUGACGUGUCUUUCAUAUUUAUCACUGCUCCUAGUCCAAUGCCAUGGAUUUCCCUAAAUAUUUCUUAAUUUUUACUUCUUUUAAACUUAAGCCUCUUUAGACUCCUGAUUUUGCCAUCUUAACAACGGUGUAAUACUGAUUUAUACCAGGAGGGGUUGUCAGUAAGUUUUCUCUAGGAUGACUGCCCAAAGCACCUUGAGCUUCUCUUAUAGAAGGGAUCAUGAAAAAGUCUGUUCUGCUAUAGUUAUUUCUACACUAUUACAGGAAAACAUUUCUUUAUCCUGUGGUAACAUUUGAAGGACAGGAGAAAACCCUGCUCCCUGAUGUAUCAGUACAAGGUGACAGGGCAACUUCCUGGUUUUUUACAAGCUGAUUUUAUUUCAUGGUUUAAAUUCAAUCAUUAUUGGGAGCACAUAACAGAGCAAACAUAUCAAGUUUGCACCUCCUGAGUACCGGCACAUGAAAACUGAUAUUCUCAUGGGCUUCACUGAGAUUUUAGUUAAGGACAAAGAUUUUGAAAAAAAUAGCAAGUUUGGGGAAGGAAAUUAUCCAUGGACCAAAGUUAUAUUUUUCAGUAGUUCUUCCUAUUAUAUUAGUAACUGGAUCAAAAUUACAACUGGAAGAAAACUGUAUUGGGGACACCAGAGAUAAUAACCAAAUGUCCAAGUAGAUGAUCAGCUAACUCAUUUAUCACAGAACUGCUUUUUGGACAAGAUAAUGCCCAGGGAAGUGCGGAGAGAUUGUAUCAUGUGCAGCCUCUCUAGGCUGUGUGCUAGGGGGUCUAAUGAAGACCGACUGGUGUUGAUACGCUGAAUAAGGAUGCUCAAGGCACUUUCAUCUGUUUCAUACAUUUGCAAAAGGGUCAUCAGUGUUCAAACUAAAGGAUACUUUAAGCAGCCUGUCUGUGUCCUUGGCUCUGGAGCCAGAAGUCCUUAUGCUUAGGCCGCAAAGAUGGCAGAGAUGAGGAGAAUUUCCAGGAAGUACUUGUUCUCAGCUUUUCCCAAAAUAUAAACCAGGAUUUCUAAUCCCUGAAAGAUUAAGGGGCUGUCCUGUACCUGAAUUAGAAUGGAGGAAGGAGACACACUCUUCUCUUGUAGAAUUUUAAAUAAUGAUGCCCUGGAGUUAGCCCCGUGGGAGGCACUAGCAUCAUUACCUGCAAGCGUUAAAGACAAGGUAUGUCUCUUUACCAGCAGUUGCCAGGAAUUUUCUCAGCCCCUCUGUCCAUUCUUUAGGUGUAUUAUGGGCAUCCCAAACUUUAAAACUGCCCUGAAAGCAGAUAAGCAACCUUCUGUGUGGCCCUAUAUUGGAUUUUGAAAGAGAUAACAAUUAGAUAUUAAGUUGAUGUUUUCCAUGAAAUAUCAGUCCAGACUAUCUGUAUUUAAGGAGGGCACUGAUGGGCAGUCUGUCCUAUAAAAAUGUACACUGGAAGUGCAAACUGGCUGCUUGCAGGGUAAAUCCUUUAUGUAGAUGUAUUUUGCUUGAGCAUGAACAGUGUUUAAAAGCAUAACAAUAAAACUUGAAUGGCUAAGGAAGGCUGUGCCUUCUUCAGCUUAAUUAGCCCCUACUAAAA